GUUCUUGGCACAGUUUCUUACCAACUCCUAUUGCGAACGGAGUUAUAACGUGGCCUACUCUUUUUUAUAAAAUUAAUUUGUUUAUUUAUUCAUCAUCUCAAUAAUUAAAUUUAUAAAAAUAUAUUUUACUUUACAUAUUUGAGAUAAUUUUUUAAUAAAUUUAUCAAUUUGAAUUUAAUCACUUAAAAAUGGCUAAAAACUGGCAACUUGGAUCUUUUUGUGGAUGUUCGACUCUAAAAACAGGAACAAUAUUUACAGGAAUAUGUGGAAUUGUGCUGUCAAUAUUAACAAUAAUAUUUAUAUUCAUAACAGAUAUGCCAUUACAUACAAUUAUCAUAUCACUUGAUAGAUCAAUUGUUAGAAUUAUUUAUUUGAUAAAUCUUGUCAUGACUAUUUUCAUAUCAACUCUUCUAAUAAUUGGAGCACUCCAGAGAAAAACAUUCAUGAUGCUACCAUGGGUUGUCUUGGGAAUUAUUCUAGCAAUUGGAGCAUUGAUUAGUGUCAUCUACACAGCAGUAGCAUAUUUUUUAAAUGGCUGGAUGAUGGCUGGUAUUAUCUUCUUAAUAUUUGGAUUAAUAUUCGUUGCUGCUUUUACGUACCUGUGGUUUGUGGUUUACAGUUAUUUUCAACAAGUUAAAGAUGAAAAAGCAAGAAAAGGCAUUGAUCCAUAUGGUAGACCAUAUUCUUACAGACAACCAUAAAUUAAAUUUAUAAUUUUUUCAUAAAUAUUUUUAAAAUUGAUUAUUGUAAACCACGAAUGACCUCGAUCAUUAUUUUCAUUCAUUUCAUUCAUAUAUAAUUUCAUCACUGAUAAAAGAAAAAAAAUAAUUUCAAUUGUUAUAAAUAUUAUUAUAUUAUUAUUAUUGUUAUAUAUAUUUUUUUUAUGCUUUUUGUGUAACGAAAAAGAAAAAAACCUGUACGAUUUUUCUUUUUUUAAAUAUUUUAUUUUUGACUGAUAAUAAUUAACAUGAAUAAAUUGAAAAUUAAUUAAUAUAACUAAAAAAAAAAUUAUUAGACUAAUUGAUUGUUUAAAAGAAAAUAAUUUAAAUAAAAAAGAAGGGGAAAAA